UAUAUCCCCUUUUUUAAUUGUUUAAUCAUCGUGAUAAAACCAAUUUUUUUAGUAAAAUGGGGCAACAACAGCUUAAAGCCGAGAUGCUAUUUCAAAAAGUGAAUCACAACGAUGUCGAAAGUAUCAAAUCCCUUUGCCAUGAAGGGGCAGGACUCGAGUGGGCUGAUAAAGAAGGAAGAACGCCAUUAAUCUUAGCUUGUGCAGAAGCAGAGCUAUAUGAUGUAGCAGAAACUCUUAAGGUUGCUAGGGCUAAAGGUUACAGCGAUACUGUGCGCGCAAUCGAGAGUCUCAUCUGCUUGUUCUCUGGCUGGAUGCGUGAACUUUAUGGCCCCAGCUUUCUUGAAUUAUGUUCUCCUUAUCAGCUUCUUUCAAGAAAAGUAUGGGUUGUUAUCGUACCAACUGAUUCUCGAAACCCUUUGAAGUUGGAGUUAUUUGUGUAUGCUAGUCUUCAGGAUGCACAACCCAUGAUGGAGAUUCCUUUGUGGAAAGCAAACUUGGAGGAGCUUGGAUCAGAUCAGUCUGAUGCUUCAGUGAUGAUUGUUUGUAACUUAUCAAAGCUCAAGAAGCAGAGAAAAAGGGGAUACAUUUCUCACGCUAGGCGUUGGGCUCAAGUCGAUAGGCAAAUGCGACUUAAGCUGGCAGCAGCAACCAAGGGCGACAUAAAACAGCUGAACUCGUUUUGUGAGGCGUGUAAAGGAACUCCUCAGCCAAUGAAUCCUCCAAUGUUUAUGAAAACAACUGAAAAUAUCAUUUCCAAUGAGGUUACGCCAUCAGUUCCUCUACCGAGAGCCGUAACGGUGGAAACAGGAGACGAUUCUGUUCACUAUCCAUCAUUCUCGUGUGCAGACUAUGAGAGUAAAGGAAGUAGUGGAGGAUCUGGAGUGUGUGUGAUUUGUGAGGAUGCGUCAUCGGAAGCAGCAUGUGUGCCAUGCGGACAUGUCGCUGGAUGCGUUUCUUGCUUGAAAGAGAUCAAAAACAAGAAAUGUCCUAUAUGUCGUGCCAGCAUUGAUCAGGUCAUUAAGUUAUAUCAUGUUUGAACAGAAAAAAAAAAAAAGGAAGACAAAACUAAUCAUCUUAUCUCCUCUAUGGCUCGAAGAUCCUCACCAUUCAUGUCCGCACCGGCUUCGUUUACGACUCAGUUAUCUAUUUUUUUUCCAAUUUUAUGUUUGGUUUUGUUAAUCUUGGGAUUUUAUUAUGUUUGAACGUCUGGGUUUCAUUAGAUGGUUUUUGUUUGCUAUAUACUCUCUGUUUCAAAUUAUAUAGAAGAUAUUAAUCAUUUUGCU